AUGACCGAGGCUGCAGUUACGCGCUUUUUCCAGUCGCCUCGUUUCGCCGUGGCGGGUGCAAACAACGACCCUCACAGGUUUGGUUAUAAAAUCUUUGCAUGGUAUCACCAGCACUCGCUACCAGUGACUCCCAUCCACCCCCGUGAACCAACCAUCAGGUUACCCUCGCAAGAAUACCCCGUUGCAUCGACCCCGAAAUCGCUCCCAUCACCCACGGAGACAUCGCUGUCGUUUGUCACGCCGCCUCCAGUGACGCUCCAGCUGCUGAAGCAGGCUCACGAAGUCGGUAUACCGGCGGUAUGGUUUCAACCGGGUACAUAUAAUGACGAGGUGCUGGAAUAUGCGCGAGACAACUUCCCUGCUGUGAUCGGUGGUCGCGGAGGCGCAGGCAGCGAGGGAUGGUGUGUUUUGGUGGACGGUGAAGAUGGACUGGAGUCUGCUGGUCGGACUUGGAAGCAGCAGAAGCUAUAA